AUUUUUUAAUUUCAUUCUACUUAUUUAUUAUUGUUUUUAAAAUUUUCCGGCUUUGAAAUUGCGCGUUUGGAUGAGGUCAGCUCGCGGUUGGAGCCAAUAAUUGCGUCGCCAGAUAAUUAGCAUCUACGCACACGGGCGAGAUAAUCAGGGCCCUGCCUGCUUGCUGCCUGCCGUUCACCUUUCAUUCUUUACAAGGUGCACACACAUACACACACACUCGGAUCGGGCGAAAUGCGGUUCGAGGCGGCAGUCUCGGCUACGUCAUCAGUUCGUGGAAUCGUACCGCGGCGCUGGCCAAUCAGAACGCGGCGCUAUUUGCAAUACUUUCCUCGUUGAGUCAGUGAGGUAGUAGGGCAAUAUAGAUUUUGUACGUAGCGGCCGGUUGCCAUGGUGACGCGGCUGAACGGCGCCUCCGAUUGGUCGAGCAGCUCGCUGGAAAGUCCCGGCAGAUAUGAAAUUUACAGCCCUGACUUUCCUCCUCGGAUGACGGAUGAGUGGGAUAGCGCGCCGCUGCACACGUUUAUCCUCGCGCAUUUUUACCUGAUUCUCCGGGACACAUGAUUGGCAACAUGCAGGCAGGUAGGAAGGCCCCGCCGCGGAGCCCGCUCGUCCUCCUAGUCAGUCCUGGCUGCUGACACGCACGCGAAUUUUCCGCGCCUUCUUUUCCUGUCAUUUUACAUUAAUAUACACGCACGUGCUGCAACACGCUUCCUUGUCAUCGACAUUACGCAAUCUGCAUGUUGGCUAGAAAAAUCGUCUUCGACCGUCCCGGACCCGUUACCCCCAUUUUCGGAUCCAUGGAGAAUUUGAAUAUGAACUACGGUUCUGACUCGUUCCCGUUCUCAUUUGACCAGAACUACCAGACUUCAAACGACGACUUUCACCCAAUUAGCUUCGAGUCGCAGACCUCGAGCAUUUUCAAGAGUUCAUGUGACGUGCUUGCUGAGGGUAAAGACAUGGCCAUGCAAUCCACCGCCAACUCCAAGCUCAUCCCUAUUUCGUCCCUUGAGCUGGAUGCGGCCGAGUACGACAAGAAGCCACUGGCGAACAGUCUGUGGACCAGGGAAAACAUCUUAAAUUGGUUCGCCUCGUACGGCAUUGAAAGGUCGCGCGUCGAGGAGCUCAACUUUACCUCGGUGGACGACUUGUACCGCAUGAUGACCAACGACAUCGACCUCUACGCCAGCAAACUCGGCGUCAGCUCAUUGGAUCUGCAGAAAGCGUGCGACGAUCUUUACGGCUACAACCCUCACUCUUCGAGCUUCAGGCAGGACGCCGGCCACGUGUUUCCCGCUGGUAAUCACGAGAUGAUGCACGAGGUGAAGCAGGAAAGCAGCUCGCAAUUGGACUAUCCGUGGGAGCAACAACAGAGUUACUACAAGGAGGAAGACCUCUCCACCGACGGCGAAGCCGAAGAAUUCGAGAAGCAGGAAAAACCACAGGUCCAGCAGGCGCCGCGACGCACCGGCAAGAGGGGCCGCCCUCCCAGCAUCCUUACCAAGGCCAAGCGCAGAGAAAAGUCGCACGGCAAGCUGUGGGAGUUCAUCCGCGAUCUGCUCAAGGACCCGAAAUACUGUCCCAGCCUCAUCUGCUGGGAGAACCACGACGACGGCGUCUUCCGCUUUGUUAGCAGCGAAAAAGUGGCCAAGUUGUGGGGCGACAAGCGGAAAAACACCAACAUGACCUACGAGAAGCUGAGCCGAGCGAUGAGGACCUACUACACCCGUGAAAUCCUUGUCCCUGUACCCAAAAAUGGUCGGUACCCAAAGAAGUUAGUCUACAAAUUUGGCCCGAACUCGCAUGGCUGGCGAAGCCACGAAAUUUUGACUUCGUAUUGACCGUAAUUUAUAAGCGUAUUACUACAAAAGCCAAAUCCUCCUACCAGUAACACACAGAAGAUUAGUCUACAAAUUCGGGCCCAACGCCGUCAACUGGCGGUGUGAAAACCCCAACUUCGCACGCUUGUCCUGAAGCAAGCGUCGCGAAGACACCCGACUCUCAAUUGAUCUCUCGACGAGACGCGACUGAACCAAAUCGAGAAUGCUCAUUUAGAAUAUCAAACGUUUGGCCCAGCCGAACGGAGUCCCAAAGUUUUUUGCUCGUUUCCCUUUGGGGAAACGUGGCGGCCCUCCCACGGUGAAGAUUGUUGUUCUUCCUGCUGGUCUCUGCGGAGUUGCUGUUCAGGAUGUAUUUGUUGCUCUCUUCUGGAAUGUCACACACUAUACUUCCUCAUCGCUCCUUGUAAAUUUGCUUUGCAUCAUUAAUUUAUGAAUUUUUUAAGUGUUAUUUCUUAGAUGUUUCCCUAUCUCUCAUCCUUAUUGUUGAGACUUUAUGUUCCUCAUGUUCUUAAAGACACGAUCAAUGUUAUUCAUCGUUCUCAAACUUUUGAUAGAUGUUUGAGCCACUUUUUUCUGGCCGCUUUUAUUCAUCGAACACAUUCCACUGGAAUUGAUCAUGCAACGUUAUGUUUUCAAUCGAAUCAAAAGCAUCAGAGCAUACAGCUUGGCAUUUUGUGCUGGAGUAUUUUAACUGUUACACACUAAGAAUGAGGGACGCACAGCGUGUCGAUGACCCCCUCCACCAAAGGCUCAUUGUAUUUCAAGGAAUGCAAGAGUUUCUUGUAUUUUUCGAUUAUUCAUGUAAUAAAAAUGUAGUUAAGUGGAA